AUGGGGAAGUUGGGGCCUUUAAGUGAAGGUAAACAGUUAAAAGACAAGUUUGAUGAUAUUUUUGCCUCAACGAGAUAUGUUAAAGCUCUGGAAACAAUCAGGAAACUCAAAAUGACUCAGGAUGCCACUGUGAAGGAAUACAGGAUAGAAACAUCAUAUCUAAAACAACACAAAGAUAAGGCUACACAGCUUGAAGGUGAUUUAAAUGAAAUCCAAUCAAAGUUGAUAUCAUCCAAAGGAUCUGUAGACACUAUAGUAUCUAAGUUAGAUCCUAUAGAAAACAAAUUGAGUCAAAUUGGUGCCAAGUCAGAUGAUAUCUACAGACUACAAAAUAAUAUAACUAAGCAUACAAGUGAGAAAAAAGAAAUGGAAAGGACUGUAGAGGAAUUACAAAAGAAUAUAGAGAAUGAAUUUCAAGGUUCAGUAGAAGAAUUGAAGAGAGUUCUAGCUGAGUUUCAGAACAAAGUUCAAGAGAGAGAAGACACUUUAUCUCAAUUUAAACAGCAAAGCAGGGAACUAGAAAGAGAAUGUGAACAGUUAAAUAGAAAGAAAAGUGAACUGUUACUUCAAGUAGGGAAACUAGAACAGGAGGCUCAGGUCCAUGAUGACAAUAUUACAAAGAGAAAUAUACUGAUAGAACAAUUUGCUGACAAGUACCAGUUUGAAGGUUUUAGUGGAUGUGAAAUAACAGAUGGAAAAUACAGAAGUUUUAUUGAAAGUGUUAGAAACAAACUGGAAACCAUGGUUAAUGAAGGAAAGAACCUAAAAGUUGAUUUUGAAGAGAGAGAGAAGAAGGUCCAACUGAAGAUAGAUGAACUGAAAGAAAAUAAAACAAAGUUGGAACAGAGUGAACAUAUUAAAAGAAACAUGAUGGUAAGAUCAGUAGGAUGA